AUGGAUGUACAGCUAUAUGUCUAUGACCUGUCAAAGGGCCUGGCGCGAAUGUAUUCCCUCGCCCUGACUGGGACACAGAUGGAUGCUAUAUAUCAUACCUCCAUCGUACUCAAUGGAGUUGAAUAUUAUUUCGGCCAAGGCAUUCAGACCUCUGCUCCAGGGAGUACUCACCAUGGACAGCCAAUGGAGGUCGUGAAUUUGGGCAUCACUGAGCUUCCAAGAGAUGUAAUCGAAGAGUAUUUGGGCUCACUGGCGACCAUCUACACACCUGAGUCUUAUGAUCUGUUUCUUCACAACUGCAAUAACUUCACCCAAGACUUGUCAAUGUUCCUUGUCGGCAAGAGUAUUCCAGAGCAUAUUAUUAAUCUGCCUCGAACGUUCCUGGAAACUCCGUUUGGGCAGAUGAUGAAACCCCAAAUCGAAAUGGCUUUGAAAGGUGUCACCCAGGGCACCGGACCAGGUCCUAUCCCCGGGCCGAGUGCUCAAUUUUCCGCUUCACGAGCUACACCACCAGCACAAAAACUGGCUAUACCUUCAGGAGUUGGCAUCGUGCGAGAAGUCAGCAAUCUCAACCAGCUGGAAAGUGCGCUCAGUGGUGCAUCUCAUUCUUGUGCAGUCAUAUUUUUCACAUCCUCCACUUGUCCACCCUGCAAGGCUGUCUACCCAACUUACGACCAGCUCGCAGCGGAAGCUGGUGAUCGAGGUACACUCAUCAAAGUCGACAUCGGCAUAGCCUACGAUGUUAGCAGCAAGUACAGUGUACGUGCUACACCAACCUUCAUGACGUUUUUGAAGGGGCAAAAGGUAGAUGAAUGGAGUGGAGCCACUCCAUCCCAGCUGAUUGGAAAUGUCCGCAUGCUCCUUGAGAUGGCACACCCAGCACAUCCCCAUCGUCAACUACGACUCCCAAGCCUCCAGCGAGAAAUCACGAGCUUUGUCAUGUAUAAGAAGGCCCCGCCAAUCGACAAGCUUCUCCAAAAGCUACCGGUUGAGUUCAAAGACGGCCAGGGCGUAACAGAGGUUAUUGAGUUCGUCAAGCUUCGUCACUCUUCCGAGAACACACCUGCAGCGGAUAUCAGGGUCCCCGAUUUGCACAUAUUUGCCCAAACACUGAACUCGAUAUAUUCGACACUUCCGAGUGACAGUCACUUUGCAGUCGUUGAUCUAGUCCGUCUUCUUCUCCUUGAUCCCCGUGCAAGUGGCUACUUCGCCGAGGAAGCACAACAUACAACUCUCCUCACUAUUCUUGCCCCCUUGUCCCAGGAUGAACCAUCACCAUAUAAUCUUCGCAUCGUUGCCCUUCAACUGGCCUGCAAUCUCUUCAGUACACCCCUAUACCCGGCGCAAAUAACUUCCUCUUCUUCUUCACUCCGCGAGACCUGCCUCCGCUUCGCAACCAAUUCCCUCCUGGAUUCACAUGCCAGUCUCAGGGUUGUUGCCGCCUCCUUCGCAUAUAACCUUGCCUCAUUUAACCAUAACGCCCGCUUUGAUGGAAAGCCUGACCCCUUGUCAGAGGAAGAUCAAGUGGAACUGAGUGCUUCCUUGCUUGAGGCUGUCUCGCGUGAGGACCAGAGUGUAGAAGCUCUUCAUGGACUGCUAUACGCCUUGGGACUACUUGUAUAUGAGACUCCAAUGGAUGGAGCUCUGAUUGACCUCUGUCGCGCUAUGGGCGUCGCAGAGACGAUUUCCGGCAAGAUGGACAUUCAGGCUGUACAAAAGGAGCCACUGCUCAAAGAACUAGGCAAGGAACUGUUUAGCAAGGGGCUGUAG